UGUUUUUCAUGCCCAUGCUUGCAUGCUCUCGUAGAUUGAUAGGUGACAUGGCUCACCUGACGGCACUACUCCUCACGUCCGUUCUCGUCUUCGUCUUGAGCGCGACACCCACGCUGAGCAUUGUCACCGGCGGUGCGACAGCGAGGCGGAGUAGCAGCCUCAACCAUGGCCCCGCUCGAACUUACGUAGUGCUCGUCCAGCCUCCGGCGCACGCGCACCACGACGACGAAGCCGCGCACCGGAGGUGGCACGAGUCGUUCCUGCGGCCGGGGUCGCGCCCUGGCGCUGGCAGGACGGCCGGCGGCGACCCACCGACCAUUCGCCACUCGUACACGGGCGUGUUUUCUGGCUUCGCCGCAAAGCUGACGGAGGACGAGCUCGCAGCGGUGUCCAGGAAGCGCGGGUUCGUGCGCGCGUUCCCGGAGCGGAGGGUGCCGCUCAUGACGACGCGCACGCCCGGGUUCCUCGGCCUGCACGCCAAGCAAGGCGUCUGGAACGCGACAAACUACGGCGAGGGCGUGGUCGUCGGGUUGCUCGACACCGGCAUCGCCGCCUCACACCCUUCGUUUGGAGACGAGGGCAUGCCGCCGCCGCCUGCCAGGUGGAAGGGCAAGUGCCAGCCUCCCGUGCGGUGCAACAACAAGCUCGUCGGCCUGGUGUCGCUCAUGGGAGGCAACGACACCACCGACGCCGUCGGGCACGGGACGCACACGGCAGGCACCGCGGCUGGCUACUUCGUGGACGACGUCUCGGCGUUCGGCCUUGGCAGGGGCACCGCCGCCGGGAUCGCGCCGGGCGCGCACCUGGCCAUGUACAAGGUAUGCGACGGCGAAGGAUGCUUCGAGUCAGACAUACUGGCCGGGAUGGACGCGGCAGUGAAGGACGGCGUCGACGUGCUCUCGCUCUCCCUCGGCGGCCCCUCCAUACCGUUGGACAAGGACCUGAUCGCGAUCGGCGCGUUCGGGAUGAUGUCCAAGGGCGUCCUCGUGGUGUGCGCCGGCGGCAACAGCGGCCCGACGCCCUCCACAUUGUCAAAUGAGGCGCCAUGGAUAUUGACCGUGGGGGCCGGGUCGGUUGACCGGAGCUACCGAGCCACCGUGCAGCUCGGCGACGGGGAAGCGUUCGACGGCGAGUCGCUGACGCAGGACAAGCGCUUCAGCUCCAAGGCGUACCCGCUCUACUACCCUCAGGGCACCAGCUACUGCGACUACUUCGACGGCGUCAACAUCACCGGCAAGGUGGUCGUGUGCGACACCGAGACGCCGCUGCCUCCGCUGAACUCGAUCGAGGCGGUCAAGGCGGCAGGCGGCGCCGGAGUGGUGUUCAUCAACGAAGCCGACUUCGGGUACACCAUCGUGGUAGAGAAGUAUUAUAACCUCCCAAUGUCACAGGUGACCGCGACCGACGGCGCCAAGAUCAUGGGCUACGCCAGGGUGGGCUCGUCGGGGGCUGCCCACACCGCAACGAUACUGUUCAACAGCUCGAUUGUUCACGUGAAGCCGGCGCCGAUCGUCGCCGCCUUCUCGUCCCGCGGGCCGAACGCGGCCAGCCCCGGCGUGCUCAAGCCCGACAUCAUGGCGCCGGGGCUCAACAUCCUCGCCGCGUGGCCGUCGAUGGUGCCUAUCGAUGGCAAGGAGUCGUACAGCUACAACGUUGCCUCCGGCACGUCCAUGGCCACGCCGCACGUCACCGGCGUCGUGGCACUGGUGAAGAAGGCGCACCCGGACUGGUCGCCGUCGGCGGUCAAGUCCGCCAUCAUGACCACGUCCAGCACCGCCGACAACGCGGGGAACCCCAUCAUGGACGAGGAGCACCGGACGGCGAGCUUCUACUCGAUCGGCGCCGGGCACGUGGAUGCGGCCAAGGCCGUGGACCCCGGUCUGGUCUACGACCUCGGCGUGGGCGACUACAGCGCCUACAUCUGCGCGCUGCUCGGCGAGGCGGCCAUGAAGACCAUUACGGGGAACAGCAGCUUGACGUGUGCGGCGGUGGGGUCCAUCCCGGAGGCGCAGCUGAACUACCCGGCGAUACUGGUGCCACUCUCCGACAAGCCGUUCAAGGCGAAGCGGACGGUGACCAACGUGGGGCCGGCCAAGUCGAGGUACACCGCUCACCUCGACGUGCCCAAGUGGCUCAAGGUGAAGGUGGAGCCGGAGGCGCUGGAGUUCACGGCGGCGAUGGAGAAGAAAGCGUUCACGGUGACCGUGAGCAGCAGGGGAGCCGACGCGGACGCCGACGCCGGGCAGCUGGCCGAGGGGAGCCUGCGUUGGGUGUCUGAAGAUCAUGUGGUGCGGAGCCCGAUCAUCGCCGACGCCAGGGUUGUCUCGACAUGAUUCUGUCAGGUGCUCCUUGUCCUUGGCAUGCUUCUUUCGCAAGCCGCAUCAAAGGCUUGAAUCCGCAUAACGCUUCUUUCAGUUCAUAAUAACACGCGUUCGUUGUACUCAGCCACCCUGGCUGGUUAGUAUAAGCACAGGUAUCCAUAUAGUUUACAAAA